UGAGCGUUUUGGAUCCGUCCAGUCCCAGGUCCAAGGCUGUCGCGCUGGACCAGGGUUUCGGUGGUUCACGGGAUGGUGGCAGGGCUCAGAGCGAUAAGGGCACUUCUUACUGCAGCCCGGAGUGCUGAAGCCGGGAGCCAGUCCUCUGGCUAGAGGCCCAGAGGAUGCCUGGAUAGGUGCCCCCUGGAACGGCGUCGAAGAGCCUGAAGGAGACCCCCGGGCAGUAGCACCGGGCUCGAGGCUGGAGGUGUGUGCCGUGGUGCCAGGAUGGAAACUAGCUCCUACCUGCGGCGGGAUCGAAUGGCUGGUCUCCCGACCCAAUACCUCCAGCUCUCGCCGCUGUCAAUGCGGCAGAGAGCACUUUCUCUACAGGACUCCAGAAAAAGCAUAUAACUUCCUGCCUCGCGCUUCAGGAAGUGGUCCCAGUCUCUAACAGGUCCCUUCCCAGCCUCCAGAGCAAGCCAAUCAGGGACACGCUCUUGUGGCCCAGUUCGGAAACAAUGCUUGGUGGGAACCUGAAAUCUUGGCUGCCGGAACCUUCGGGGAGGAUUAACGCCGGCGCACCGUGCGUCCGGGGCGGGGCGCCGCCCAAACUCAGGCCCUGUGACAGCGACUGUGGCGGUACGGAAAGCGUGGGCCUCGGUCAUUGGGCACGAGCGGUCACGUGACAGCGGGUUCCUCCAGGCCAGCGCUGGUGGUUGAGUGAUGUAAUCACGUGGAGUCUGAAGUCUUCGUGGGUGUAGGUUUCUUCGUUAUGCUGAUGACAGGCAGUGCCUGAACUCUAGGCUGGGAGUUGUGCCAUGCUGCUGCUUUCGUGGGCUGACCAGAAAAGGGUGGAAGGAUUGACGUUUACGAAGUUUUUGAAUCAGGAGGCAAGGUCGCCUUGUGCCCCCAAAAGGGUAGAAAAAGGCCUGGCAAACUGGAGAAUCGUGUCCUUACGGUGCCUACAUAUUUAUGGUAUCCUGUGUUUUCCAGUCGAAAGCUUGUGAAAAUUCGCUUUAUCCUUGAAGUUCAGAAUUUUCACCAGGAUGUAUGAAGCUGGAGAAUGCUGGAGGAGACCUUAAGGAUGGCCACCACCACUAUGAAGGAGCUGUUGUCAUUCUGGAUGCUGGUGCUCAGUACGGGAAAGUCAUAGACCGAAGAGUGAGGGAACUGUUCGUGCAGUCUGAAAUUUUCCCCUUGGAAACACCAGCAUUUGCUAUAAAGGAACAAGGAUUCCGUGCUAUUAUCAUCUCUGGAGGACCUAAUUCUGUGUAUGCUGAAGAUGCUCCCUGGUUUGAUCCAGCAAUAUUCACUAUUGGCAAGCCUGUUCUUGGAAUUUGCUAUGGCAUGCAGAUGAUGAAUAAGGUAUUUGGAGGUACUGUGCACAAAAAAAGUGUUAGAGAAGAUGGAGUUUUCAACAUUAGUGUGGAUAAUACAUGUUCAUUAUUCAGGGGCCUUCAGAAGGAAGAAGUUGUUUUGCUUACACAUGGAGAUAGUGUAGACAAAGUAGCUGAUGGAUUCAAGGUUGUGGCACGUUCUGGAAACAUAGUAGCAGGCAUAGCAAAUGAAUCUAAAAAAUUAUAUGGAGCACAGUUCCACCCUGAAGUUGGCCUUACAGAAAAUGGAAAAGUAAUACUGAAGAAUUUCCUUUAUGAUAUAGCUGGAUGCAGUGGAACCUUCACCGUGCAGAACAGAGAACUUGAGUGUAUUCGAGAGAUCAAAGAGAGAGUAGGCACGUCAAAAGUUUUGGUUUUACUCAGUGGUGGAGUAGACUCAACAGUUUGUACAGCUUUGCUAAAUCGUGCUUUGAACCAAGAACAAGUCAUUGCUGUACACAUUGAUAAUGGCUUUAUGAGAAAACGAGAAAGCCAGUCUGUUGAAGAGGCCCUCAAAAAGCUUGGAAUUCAGGUCAAAGUGAUAAAUGCUGCUCAUUCUUUCUACAAUGGAACAACAACCCUACCAAUAUCAGAUGAAGAUAGAACCCCACGGAAAAGAAUUAGCAAAACGUUAAAUAUGACCACAAGUCCUGAAGAGAAAAGAAAAAUCAUUGGGGAUACUUUUGUUAAGAUUGCCAAUGAAGUAAUUGGCGAAAUGAACUUGAAACCAGAGGAGGUUUUCCUUGCCCAAGGUACUUUACGGCCUGAUCUAAUUGAAAGUGCAUCCCUUGUUGCAAGUGGCAAAGCUGAACUCAUCAAAACCCAUCACAAUGACACAGAGCUCAUCAGAAAGUUGAGAGAGGAGGGAAAAGUAAUAGAACCUCUGAAAGAUUUUCAUAAAGAUGAAGUGAGAAUUUUGGGCAGAGAACUUGGACUUCCAGAAGAGUUAGUUUCCAGGCAUCCAUUUCCAGGUCCUGGCCUGGCAAUCAGAGUAAUAUGUGCUGAAGAACCUUAUAUUUGUAAGGACUUUCCUGAAACCAACAAUAUUUUGAAAAUAGUAGCUGAUUUUUCUGCAAGUGUUAAAAAGCCACAUACCCUAUUACAGAGAGUCAAAGCCUGCACAACAGAAGAGGAUCAGGAGAAGCUGAUGCAAAUUACCAGUCUGCAUUCACUGAAUGCCUUCUUGCUGCCAAUUAAAACUGUAGGUGUGCAGGGUGACUGUCGUUCCUACAGUUACGUGUGUGGAAUCUCCAGUAAAGAUGAACCUGACUGGGAAUCACUUAUUUUUCUGGCUAGGCUUAUACCUCGCAUGUGUCACAACAUUAACAGAGUUGUUUAUAUAUUUGGCCCACCAGUUAAAGAACCUCCUACAGAUGUUACUCCCACUUUCUUGACAACAGGGGUGCUCAGUACUUUACGCCAAGCUGAUUUUGAGGCCCAUAACAUUCUCAGGGAGUCUGGGUAUGCUGGGAAAAUCAGCCAGAUGCCGGUGAUUUUGACACCGUUACAUUUUGAUCGGGACCCACUUCAAAAGCAGCCUUCAUGCCAGAGAUCCGUGGUUAUUCGAACCUUUAUUACUAGUGACUUCAUGACUGGUAUACCUGCAACACCUGGCAAUGAGAUCCCUGUAGAGGUGGUAUUAAAGAUGGUCACUGAGAUUAAGAAGAUUCCUGGUAUUUCUCGAAUUAUGUAUGACUUAACAUCAAAGCCCCCAGGAACUACUGAGUGGGAGUAAUAAACUUCUUGUUCUAUUAAA